GGUUUGCUGCACCUGAGAUAUCAGAUGGCUUAGGUGUUAGACAAUGUCAGUCUAUUUUUUGUAUUUGCAACAUGGGUUUUUAUUUCCAUCUCUACCUGCUUGGAGUAACACUGAUUUCUGGGAGGUCGGUACUCUGUGAUGUUAUACCAUCACUCUGUGGAGCUUAUUUACCCGGAGAUAUCGUUAUCGGGAUUCUUAGUUCAGUUCACUCAAAGUUUGCAACGUUUUAUGCAUCAAAUCGUCCGUACACACCAUGUGAAGAAUUUAAUCUAAUAUCCUUUGUACAAUCUUUGGCAAUAAUCCAAACCAUUGAAACUAUAAAUAACUCAAGCUUUCUGCCUGGACUUCAGCUGGGAUAUCUGAUGUGUGAUCCAUGUGCAUGUGCAUCCAAAGCCUUACACUGUGUGGAGCACAUGCUUGCAGUUAAUGGGUCUCUUCCUGUUCUCUCUGACUACACUAACUUUAAUUCACCUGUGAAGGCAUUUUUAGGAGAAAGAUACUCUGAAUUAUCAAUUCCUGUUGCCAAAAUGCUCAGUCUCUACAUGAUUCCUCAGAUCAGUUGCACUUCUUCGGCACCCAUACUAAGUGACAAGCUGCGUUAUCCAUCGUUCUUACGUGUCAUUCCAAGUGACAUAUACCAGACACAGGCACUGGCAAAGCUCAUGAGACACUUUUCCUGGAACUGGGUUGGGGUGGUGACGCUAGAUGAUGACUAUGGCAAUGCAGCACUUGAGAACUUUCUGGUGGCUGCAGAAGAAGUGAAAGUGUGUGUGGAAUUCAAAGAAGUUUUACCAACCAUUGAUAUUUCGGAGAAGAGCAUUAAGGAGGCAGCUGAUCGCAUUCGAUCCUCUAGUGCCAAGAUUGUGCUGCUCAUUUUAAGAUCCUCCCUGGUGGAGAUGCUUUUUAAAGAGAUGAUUAAGACGAACACUAGUCGUACCUGGAUAGCCAGUGAUGCCUGGUCUAUGGCAGGCUCUUUAAUGACAAUGAACGACAUAAACAAAGUAGGAGACAUCUUAGGAUUUACAUUUGUCACUGGUGAGAUUCCAGGCUUUAAAGACUAUCUCCUGAACCUUCAGCCAAGCUCAGGAGGACACAAUGAUUUCAUCAGGGAGUACAAGCAAAUGAGAUUCAAAUGUCCUCCUGAUCCAAAUUCUAACAACGCACAUACAUCUGCUUGCAAUGUGACCGACCCCCAGGGGAUGAAUGAUGACUACCUGAUCAGUGCUAUGGAUCUUACUGCUACAUAUAGUCAGAGAGUUGCAGUCUAUGCUGUAGCUCAUGCAAUCAAGAAGAUUCUUGAAUGUAACGACACUGCCUGUCCUGGAGAUGCAAACUUUCCACUAGCGAAGCUAGUGGAUAUUCUGCGCAAGAUAAACUUCACCCUUGACAACCAAUUACAUUAUUUUAAUAAUGAUGGUGAUUUUGACACUGGCUAUGACCUCAUAAUGUGGAAAAAUUCGGGGAAUAGACGAAUACCAAGUGUGGUGGGAAAAUUCCUCAUAAGCAAGAAGGAUGUGGAGGUUUAUGAGCACAGUAUCCAAUGGACCAACAACACGGUGCCCUGGUCUAGAUGUUCAGAAACUUGUCCACCUGGCACACGGAAGAGUGUGUCAGAUAUUUCCUGUUGUUAUAACUGUACUGUUUGCAGCGAAGGAUAUUUUUCUAACCUGCCAGAUCAAGAUACUUGUCAAAAGUGUCCAAAUGGAACUACUUCUCCUACAAAUGCCACAGAAUGUCAGGAGUGGCAGGUGUGGUAUUUGAAGUGGUCUGAUCCGUAUUCCAUCGUGGUGCUGGUUGGAACAGGAAUCGGCAUACUGCUACUGAUCUUCUCAUUUAUCUUUUUCAUUUUACACAGAGACAAUACUAUUAUCAGAAACACUUUAAUGUAUUCUUUUAUUAUGAAAUUUGGGCUUAUUGUGAGUUUUGGAGGUGUCAUCAUUUUUUUAGGCAGACCAAGCAUUAAUCAGUGCAUGGCACAACAGGCCAUGUAUGCCUUUGGAUUCACGCUGUGUGUGUCCUGCAUUCUGACCAAGGCUUUUUGUACCUUUAUAGGCUAUAUGGCUUCUGAUCCAUACACACAGCACAGAUUGCAAAGGAUUGAUAAGCCGUUUGUCAUCAUAGGCCUCCUGACUGCUAUUCAGGGUCUCAUUUGUAUCUUCUGGUUUGUAUUUGAUCAGCCAGGUGUUGAGGAGAUGAAAUCAAAAACUCCACUUACCAUGAGCCAACUGUGCACCCAAGGAGCAUCCAUGAUCGCCUUUGGGGCCAUGCAUAUAUACAUUGCAAUUCUAGCUGUGGUGUGUUUCCUGUUGGCCUUCAGAGGCAGAGAUAAUGAAACUGAACCUAUCGUUUUCAGCAUGAUUAUCCAUCUGUUGACUUGGCUUUGUUUUAUUCCGGUCUUUAUCACGCAGCAUGAACUGAGACCUAUUACUCAGAUAUCAGCCAUCAUGGUCUCCAAUUUUGGAGUUAUCUUCUGCCACUUCACUCCAAAGUGGUUUAAGAUUAUCUCAGAAAACAUAGAACACAAAAAUGCAUUAUGGAUCAUAAGCAACCAGUCAACAGACUCUGUUUCAGAUUCAGCAAUAGGUUCCCUUUCCAUAGAGGGUUCAGUGGAUUCCUUACCAUUACCAAACUCAGUGUUUCCAACAGUAGCAGGCCCUGCAGACGUUGAAAUAUCCAUCAGGGAAAAUGGAUUAAACAUUGGUAGCUCGGAGGACUCAUUAACAAUACCAAGCACAGCAUCACCACAGAAGCUAUCUAUUGCAGAUGAUGAAAUUUCAUAUUUUCAUAAUAUCUCAAAUACAGACAUCUCAGUGGAGUCAAUACCUAAAUCAAGCACAAUAUCAACAGUCUCAAGCAGUAGAGAUGGCAUGUUCUUUCGGGAUAACGCAAUAAAUAGAGACAGAUUAGAGGAUACUGCAAUGACAGCAAUAACAAAUGCAGCACAGAUCACUACUGCAGACUCUGAAAUGCCAAUCUAUUACCAGAAUAAUGGUUCCAUAAGGCGUCGGAGAACAACCAGUUUCUAAACCAAUUCAUUGGUAAUGUUGGUCAACAAAUCAGUCAUGUAUAUGCAAAAGGACAAAGAGGUCAAAAUAUUUUAAUUCUGCAUUUUAUCCAAAAAAAAAAGAAAGGAAAGGAAGAUCCAGCAUCAGUAAUUUACAUAUUAAUGGGUUACAGAUUCCUAUAUCACACUCAUGCAGUAGUGGGAUUGAGGCCCUGCUUCAUUUCAUAGCAAUGCUUUAAUAUAUAUGUGACAAAAUAAAGGCUUCUAACAACAGUCAAUCUAAAGAAUUGUUUAUAA